GUACUUUACCUGUUAUUUGAGCAUGCCUCGGGGUAUGCAAUUUUUCAAAGCCUGGCUCAAGAGGAAAUCGGUGCUUUAACAGCCGAAGUUCAAGAAUCGAUCUUAGAUCUAGGACGAUUUGGAAAACUGAUCAAAUUAGUAGCCUUUACACCAUUUAGGUCUAGUAGCAAUGCACUGGAGAAUAUUAACAGCGUUUCUGAAGGUAUAGCACAUGAUGACUUGAAAGCCUUUUUACUGGCUAAUAUUCCUGUCGGUAAGAAGAAGACAAAAGUUGUACUCGGAAUUUCCGACUCUAAACUUGCUUCCGCCGUGCAAGAGUCUGUAAAGUUAUCUUGCCAGAGCGGCGAACUUGUCUUGGAACUUAUUCGUGGCAUUCGCGUCCAUUUUCAUAAAUUUAUUGAAGGAUUAUCGGCAGAUAGCGCUGGCAAAGCUCAACUUGGCUUAGGUCAUAGCUAUUCUCGUGCUAAGGUCAAGUUUAAUGUUAAUCGCGUCGAUAACAUGAUUAUUCAAUCCAUCAAUCUACUUGAUCAAAUGGACAAAGAUAUCAACACUUUUUCGAUGAGAGUCAGGGAGUGGUAUUCCUAUCAUUUUCCUGAACUGAUCAAAAUUGUUAGCGAUAACUACAUCUAUGUAAAACUCGUCAAGUUAAUAAAAAACCGCAAAGAGUUGACUGAUGCAAGUAUUCCUACGAUCGAAGAAAUCACUAUGGAUUCGGCUCAAGCCAAAGCAAUCUUAGAUGCUUCACGUUCUUCUAUGGGCAUGGAUAUCUCUCCUGUUGAUUUAAUAAAUAUUGAAAGAUUUGCCAAUCGAGUCGUUGAAUUGGCAGAUUAUCGCUCGGCUUUGUUACAAUAUUUGAAGCAGAAAAUGGAAAAUAUAGCUCCAAAUCUGUCAUGUUUAGUUGGUGAAUUGGUCGGUGCCAGACUGAUUUCUCAUGCGGGCAGUUUGUCAAAUCUAGCAAAAUAUCCUGCAUCUACCGUACAAAUUUUAGGAGCAGAAAAGGCUUUAUUUCGGGCUCUAAAAACUCGAGGCAAUACCCCCAAGUAUGGCUUACUUUUUCAUUCGUCGUUUAUUGGUCGUGCAAGUAAGAAAAAUAAAGGUCGUAUUUCCAGAUAUUUAGCAAACAAAUGUUCCAUUGCUUCAAGAAUAGAUUGUUUUACGGAAACAACCUCGUCAGUUUUCGGAAACAAAUUGCGAGAACAGGUUGAAGACAGGCUUAAAUUUUAUGAUAGCGGGGAAGCACCAAAAAAGAACGUGGAUGUAAUGCGUGAAGCUCUACAGGAAGUUAGUUCCCUUCAAGAGUCUAAGGAUAUUCCCAAAAAUACAGUUGAAACGCCCUCCAGUGAAAAAAAGAAAAAGAAAAAGAAAAGUAAAGAAAAAAACCGUAGUGACAUGGAAAUAUCAACUUCUGCUGAACCUACAGAUAGCGUAGUAGAUGAUGAAUCGAAAAAGUCGAAGAAAAAGAAACGAAAAAGUGAUCAAGGAGACGUAAAGGAAGCAGACACGGUUACGAAAAAGAAGAAGAAUUAUCUACAGGAGUCGUUAAAGAGAAUAGCGAUCCUAGCGAAAGUGCGAAGAAGAAAAAGAAAAAAAGUAAAGCCUCGUAAUCAACUGUCAAAUAGAGCAUAUAGUUAA